AUGUUGAUAGACAUAAGGCUGCAAUUGUUCCAGGCUCAGGGUGUGAUAAUCACCCAGCCAAUGAACAAUGCGUUCGCUAUCAUUGUUAUGUUCCAGACCGCAAUAAAGCUCGGUACGAUUGCAAGUGGACAGGAUCGCCACCUCGCUGGCGUGGCCUUGAGAACGCACAGCGUGCAAGGCUUCAGGCAGGCGUUCGGGGGCAAACGCGACCUGUUCGCGCACGUCAACCGGUGCGACGACCAGCCCCUCACUCAGUUCCACCGAUUUAAUGUACCAAAUCUUGGUGGCCGAAUUAGCCGUAAGACGUGGCCAAUUGCCGGUGGCCUUGGCCCAUUACAAGACCGCGCCAAUGCCAGCGAUGACCCCAAAUUGGCCGAACGUGCCGCCGGACUUGCUCUGUUCGUCAAUGACAGCGAUGCACUGGCGAUGGCUGAACGCUGGUAUAGCUUGGCCCCAGACAGCCUGCAAGCACGGCAAUCGCUCGCGCUUGGCUUAUUGCGUCAGCAGCGGAUAGACGAAGCGGUCGAUCAUCUUGACGCUGUGCGCACCACGAUUGCCAAAAAAGACAAUGCCGAGGGUUUUGCCACCAUUGCUAAUGUGCUGGGUCAGAUCAAAGAUCGCAAUGUUGUACUACAGGUCAUGGCGGCUUUACGCGAGCGCAAUUCCGAGUCCGUAUUCGCGCAUUAUUAUCACGCGCUGGCAGCCGUAGGCACAAAAAACAUCGAUCAAGCGCUGGCGAGUUUGGAUCAAGCCUUGGUCAUUGAUCCAAAAUGGCGUGACGCCCAUUUGCUGCGAGCGCGUUUGAUUUUACAAGAAGGUGAUACCGACAAAGCGAUCAGUAGCUUGCUGGAAGCCGUCGAAGCCCAACCGGAUGAUGACGAAUUGCGUAUCGGUUAUGCGCGUAUGUUAGUGGCGGCUGAUAAAUUGGCCGACGCCCGUGUUCAAUUUGAGCUAUUAGCCGAGAGAAACCCGAAUGACGCUGAAUCGCUCUAUGCCUUGGGCGUACUAGCAGCAGAAUCCGAGCAAUACGAUCAAGCCGAAGAUUAUUUCCAGCGCACGCUAGCACUCGACAAACGGGUGCUAGACAGCUAUUUCGAGUUAGGCAAACUGGAAGAAGCCCGCGAGAAUUAUCCCACUGCACAAAAAUGGUAUGAGCAAGUCAAUGAUGGCGAGCGUUAUAUCAGCGCCCAGGUACGAGCGGCGACCUUGGCCGCCAAACAGGGUGAUUUCGAUAACAUGAAUCAGCGCAUGGCCGAAUUACGCAGUGCCAAUCCAGAUGAUGCCGUGUCCUUAUACAUUGCCGAAUCCGACAUCCUGCGCGGUGAAAAGCGCUACCAAGGUGCUUAUGACAAGCUCAACGAAGGCUUGGAGGCAUUCCCCAAUGACAAUGAUUUGCUCUAUAGCCGUGCCUUAGCCGCAGAAAAAAUCGACCUGCUGGCGGUGGUAGAACAAGACUUACGCGCCAUUAUUGCCGCCGAGCCGGACAACGGCCAUGCCUUGAAUGCCCUGGGUUAUACCUUGGCGGAUCGCACUGAUCGUUAUCAAGAAGCCUUGGAAUUACUGGAGCGUGCGAUCAAGAUAUUGCCCGAAGAUCCCGCUGUGCUGGAUAGCAUGGGCUGGAUCAAACAUCGCCUGGGCGACAAUGAAGAAGCGCUGAAAUAUUUACGCCAAGCCUAUGAAAUUAACGAUGACCCUGAAAUUGUUUCUCAUCUGAGUGAAGUGUUGUGGCAACUGGGUCAGCAAGAUGAGGCCCGUGAGGUGUUUGAAAAAGCUUUUGAGAAAGCGCCCGAUAGCGAUUUUCUGUUGCAGCUUAAAGAUCGAUUUUCUCAGUGA